AUAUACCCCGGUUUGGACUUGAUUUCUUAGACGGACAUCCUCGCCCCGCCGACAGUUUCCGUUCUUUCAACCCCGCGGUUUUUUUCUUCUUCUUCUUUCCUACACACAUCUUCAUCAUGGCCCCCUCUUCAUCCAAGGAGAAGCGUCUCGCCAAGAAGGCUGCCGAGGGCAAGCUCAAGGGCAAGAAGGGCAAGAAGACUGAGGAGCCUGAGCUCGAUGCCCACGGCAACCCCAUUAAGGACGAUGAUGCCCCCGCGACUUCAGGCGCAAAGCUCGACGAGGUGAAGCGUCUCGCCGAGCAGAUGGACAAGCACGGUAUCUCUGACCGUGUCACCACCGGUGUCCUCGCCUCUACCCAAACCAGCAAGGACGUCAAGAUCACCAGUACUUCUCUGGUCUUUCACGGUCGAGUCCUUAUCACCGAUUCCACUCUAGAGCUCACCUACGGUCGACGAUACGGUCUUCUCGGUGAGAACGGUUGUGGAAAGUCCACUUUCCUCAAGGCCAUUGCCGCCCGCGAGUACCCCAUUCCCGAACAUCUCGACAUUUACCUUCUCAACGAAGGUGCUCCUCCCAGUGACCUCGGUGCCCUUGAGUGGGUCGUCCGAGAGGCUGAGUUGGAGUUGGAGCGUCUCGACCACCAUGCCGAGAAGCUUCUUGAGGAGGAGGGCCCUGAGAGCCCUGUUCUUCUUGACCUCUACGAGCACAUGGACAAGCUUGAUCCCUCAACCUUUGCUACCCGUGCUUCCCUUAUCCUGACUGGUCUGGGUUUCAACAAGAAGACCAUCCACAAGAAGACCAAGGACAUGUCUGGUGGUUGGCGUAUGCGUGUCGCCCUUGCCAAGGCCCUCUUCGUCAAGCCCUCCGUUCUCCUUCUCGAUGACCCCACUGCCCAUUUGGAUUUGGAAGCUUGUGUGUGGCUCGAGGAGUACCUCAAGAAGUGGGAGCGAACUCUUGUCCUCGUCUCCCACUCUAUGGAUUUCCUCAACGGUGUCUGUUCCAACAUGAUUGACAUGCGAGGCAAGCAGCUCAUCUACUAUGGUGGUAACUACGACUCUUACAGCAAGACUCGAACCGAGAACGAGACCAACCAGAUGAAGGCCUACCAGAAGCAGCAGGAUGAAAUUGUCCACAUCAAGAAGUUCAUUGCUAGCGCUGGUACUUACGCCAACUUGGUCCGACAGGCCAAGUCCCGACAGAAGAUUCUCGACAAGAUGGAGGCCGAUGGUUUCAUCCAGCCUGUCGAGCAGGACCGUGUCUUCACUUUCCGUUUCGCCGAUGUUGAUAAGCUCCCUCCUCCCGUCCUGUCAUUCGACAACGUUACCUUCUCUUACUCUGGUAACCCUGAGGAUGAUCUGUACCGCAACCUGGACCUUGGUUUCGACAUGGACUCCCGAACUGCCCUUGUCGGCCCCAACGGUGUGGGCAAGUCUACUCUGCUCCGCCUCAUGACUGGCAAGCUUUCUCCCACAGGCGGUAUUGUCACCCGACACACUCACUUGAAGCUUGGUCUCUACUCUCAGCACAGUGCCGAGCAGCUUGACUUGACAAAGUCUGCUCUCGACUUCGUUCGCGACAAGUACAGUGACAAGUCCCAGGAUUACCAGUACUGGCGUCAGCAGCUCGGCAAAUACGGUCUCAGCGGUGACUCCCAGACUGCCCUGAUGGGUACUCUGUCUGAGGGUCAGAAGAGUCGUAUCGUCUUUGCUCUGUUGGCUAUUGAGAGCCCCAACAUGUUGCUUCUUGACGAGCCUACCAACGGUCUGGAUAUUCCUACCAUUGACAGUUUGGCAGAUGCCAUCAACGCCUUUAGCGGAGGUGUUAUCGUCGUUUCUCACGAUUUCCGGUAAGCACCAUUGAAUCUGAUCGUAAUAAAUUAUGACUAACAAGAAUAAUAGAUUGCUCGACAAGAUUGCCAAGCAGAUUCUCGUCUGCGAGAACCAGACUAUCCGCACAUGGGAUGGUUCCAUCUCUGAGUACAAGAACUACCUCCGAAAGAAGAUGAUCAGCGCCGGAGCAGUCUAAGGCGAAAAAGUUUUACGAAUUUUGAUUUUAUUUGGCACGAAUGCAUGAAAGGAAAUUGACUAUAGAGGAUAUUGAAUCCACAAAAAGUUGAUGAGUGCCAUUGGCAAUCAUGUGGGUAUUUUCAUGGGUUUAAAGCGUCGGCGGCCCAGGUGGCUAGACCAUCAGGAUACUUGAUACCCUGUGAUGGAAUGAGACGGCCACGACGAACGACGCUACAGGACGCAUGGGCAUGGCCUCAGUAG